CUCGUCUGCUUCCUUUGUCUUAGCUCCGCCUCCUCCUGUCUCCGCGGUCACACAGGAACAACAUGGCGCGGCUAGCACCGUUAGCCUGUGUGUCAGUGUCCGUAUGAAGGAGCGUCUCAGCGGCGGGAUGAACUUGUGCUCUCAAUAUUUACGACAGGCAGAGGCCCUGAAGGCUGACAUGACAGAUUCAAAGCUGGGUGCGGCAGAGGUUUGGACAUCUCGGCAGGCCCUACAGGACCUGUACCAGAAGAUGCUGGUCACGGAUCUGGAGUAUGCUCUGGACAAGAAGGUGGAGCAGGACCUGUGGAACCACGCCUUCAAGAACCAGAUCACCACCCUGCAGAGCCAGGCUAAGAACCGAGCCAACCCCAGCCGCAGUGAGGUCCAGGCCAACCUGUCGCUGUUCCUGGAGGCAGCAAGUGGCUUCUACACACAGUUACUGCAGGAGCUGUGCACAGUCUUCAACGUGGACCUGCCAUGUCGCGUCAAGUCGUCUCAGCUUGGCAUCAUCAGCAAUAAACAGGGCAGCAGCGGCGCCAUCGUCUCUCCUCAGCCGAGCUCUUGUUCCUACAUCUGCCAGCACUGCCUUGUCCACCUUGGAGACAUCGCACGUUACCGUAACCAGACUAGCCAAGCGGAGUCUUACUACCGACAUGCAGCCCAGCUGGUCCCCUCAAACGGUCAACCUUAUAACCAGCUGGCCAUCCUGGCCUCUUCCAAAGGUGACCACCUGACCACCAUCUUCUACUACUGUCGCAGCAUCGCUGUCAAGUUUCCCUUCCCAGCAGCCUCCACCAACCUGCAGAAAGCACUGAGCAAAGCUCUAGAGAGCCGUGAUGAAGUGAAAGCCAAGUGGAGUGUGUCGGAUUUCAUCAAGGCCUUUAUCAAGUUUCAUGGCCACGUCUACAUAAGCAGGAACCUGGAGAAGCUGGACGGUCUGAGGGAGAAGCUGGAGGAGCAGUUUCAGAGGCUGAUCAUGCAGAAAGCUUUCAGCUCCCAGCAGCUCGUACACAUCACCGUCAUCAACCUCUUUGAGCUGCAUCACCUCCGGGACCUGACGGCCGACAGCACCGAGCAGAGCUACAGCAGCGAGCAGCAGAUCAGCUGGUUCCAGCUGCUCGGCCUCUUCAUGUCAUUCCUCGGCAUGAUGUGCAGCCGCGCUCUGCUCAACAACAACCGAGGAGAUGAGGAGAUCUUGGGUGAGUGCCCUCUGCCAGCCAUCAAGGUCUCUCUGGACUGGCUCUGCCUGAGACCCAGCGUCUUCCGUGAGGCAGCUGUGGAUAAGCGGCAGCAUAUCUGGCCCUGGUUGGUCUCUAUACUCAACAGUUUCCAACCCAAAGAGGACAAUACGUCCUGCUCCUCAGUGACGCCCCUGCCGGAGGAGUUUGAGCUCCAGGGUUUCUUGGCACUCCGGCCCUCUCUGAGGUCUCUGGACUUUACUAAAGGACACGAAGGUAUCUUGGUGGACAGAGACAACUUGCCGGUCCACACGCGACACCAGAGGCUCAUCAGUCUGGGGAAGUGGGUGGCCGACAACAAUCCGGGUCUGAUCCAGUGCCAGGUGAGUGAGGAUGGCCUCCUCGUCUUCAUCACAGACAUCCCAGAGCGAGCUGUCGAGGAGCCGCAGGAGAAGGAGGUGCCUGUACUGCAGGAGUCGUCCAAUGGCGAGCAGACGUCCAAUGAUGACGGUAACAGCGGUCUGAGGUCGGUCCUGUCGGGGGGAAAGGCUAAGAGCUCCUGGCCAGAUAGCAGUGAGGGACCCGUUGUCACCUUCAAGGAGAACAUCAAACCGCGAGAGCAGAGCCGCGAGCCCAUACGAAACCAUCACCAGAAGGAUGGCGGAAAGGAGCGCCGCGAUUUCACCAAAGGCAGCGGAGCCGCUGGGAAAGUGGAAGUGAAGAGAGACGGGAAGAGGAAGAGUGAGCUGAAGAAAGUGGGACACGAGAAAACCAGCGAUGCUGUAAAACAGGUUAAAUCCCAGGUGGAGCUGAGGAAGACGCCAGUAUCCGAGGCAAAGAAGACUCCCGUCACUCAGCCUCAGACCACCUGCUCCUCCCAGUUCAUCCCCAUCCACCACCCCGGAGCCUUCCCCCCGCUGCCCAGCCGACCGGGUUUCCCUCCUUCAGCCUUCGUCAUCCCUCCCCCCGUCAGUUUCCCGGGGCUUCAGGUCAACCCAGGCUUCGCCUUCUCUACAGGUGUGUCAGUCCCUGGACCGUUCCUUCAGCCAGCUGUCCACACUCAGGCUGGGACCCAGGCUCAGGCCGAGAAGCAGUCCCCCAUGCCCUACAGUCAGCAGAGGCCCUCUGUUCCAGGGCCAGGUCCAAGUCGGGUGCUGGGGUCCUCGGGCCAAGGGCCGGGACCAAUUAAUCAGGGCCCCUCCCAGGGCCAGCAGCCUCAGGCCCAGCCAGGCAUUCAGCAGGUCCAGCUGCAGGUCCAGGUGCUAAACCAGCAGCAGCAACAGUCCCCCACUAAACCGGUCCAGCAGGUUGGGAUGGGGAAGAGUCCACCUCACCACCCGGGACUGCAACAGCAGUACAUGCCGGUCCAGGACCAGCCGGCUCAGAUGUGGACUCAGGCUCAGGCAGCCCUCCCAAAGAUGGCUCCCAUGCAGCUCUCUGUCAAACAGCAGCAGCAGGCGUUCUACGUGGUACCGCAGGAACCGCUCAAACUGUAUGAGCACCAGCUGCAGCCACCCACACAGCCGCAGCUCUCUGCCAUGGACAAGAUGAAGAACUUCUCAGAUGUCAAGAUGCAGGACUUCUACUGGGACCGGUCUUACCGGAGGGGAGAGAGUCUGGCCAUGAUGACGGACAGAAUGGGCAAAAGGGCCCAGCCGAGCGGUAUUUGCUCUGACCACGAUGGUGCUGCUGGGCCCCGGGGCCCUCCGUUUGAGGACGACAAGAGCUCGCCUCUUCUACCUCCAGACCUGUUAAAAACUCUAGCAGAUUUUGAGGAGGAGGAGGAGCUCGUCUUUUCUAAGCCUCCUGCUUUCUACCAGGCCUUGGCCGGCCCUCUUAGCACUGCUCCUGGACCAAACAUAUUUCUGCCAAACCAGGCCAGGAUGGAGAGCGAGGUUGUCAACCAGCCGUCUUCUCUGCUGCCCCUGUCUGGAUUUCCCCUCCAGGAGAACUACCAGAACAAUAGUAUCUUCAGCCAGGCGUACGGUAAAAAUCUGCCAGCCAACGCCAAGCACGACGCUCCCAUGUUGCACCAGGAGCCGUCACUGUACUCCCUGUUUGAGGGGACUCCCUGGUCCCCCUCCCUCCCUGCCAGCUCAGACCACUCCACCCCAGCCAGCCAGUCACCUCACUCCUCCAACCCCAGCAGCCUGCCAUCCUCCCCUCCAACACACAACCAUGGAACCAUGCCCUUCUCCAACUUUGGGCCCAUAGGGACUCCGGACAGCCGAGACCGGAGGAUGGUGGACCGCUGGAAGGCAGAGAAAAGUGGAGCAGUUAGCGGGUUCGGUCUGGACUACCUGCCCGCUUCAGGCUCAGACAGCAGCUGGCACCAGGCUGGACCAACCAACACCUCCUGGACCAAUCAGGAGUCUCCAAUGGAGGAGACGUCUUCCACUGUGCUGCUCGACAGCCUCAAGUCCAUCUGGUCAAGUUCCAUGAUGCAGCCAGGACCAUCUGCUCUGGAGCAGCUCCUCCUCCAGCAGAAACAGAAGCAGCAGCGAGGCCACGGCACCAUGAACCCGCCUCACUGAGCGCGAAAAGCCAAGGUUUGUGUCCUGAUGUGUUAAAAAGCAUUGCCACCAAGAGAAUUGGAGGAAAAAUGAGGUUUGAUGAAGCUCCAACAAAACAGGAAAUUAAACCGGUGAAACGGUGGAGGCUGGGGAGCUGAACGGAUCCCCCACGAGGCUGAAACACCACCCCACCCUCCUCGGGUGUCGAGGAGCGGGGAUGCCCCUGCUGGAAUGGAGGGCGCCGGAUUAUGUUUCUUCGACUGCGGUGCCAAGCACAACGCCACCACCGGGUCUCAGUUCAACCUGCAGAAAUCUGAACUCAGCCCCCCUCAGCGCUGCAGACGCACCAUCACCGCUGCUCCUCUGCACCUCUCCUUUAAUCGUUAAAAGCACAUCUUCUUAGCGCCUUCGUUGCUGCAGAUCGAGAGCGAUGGAUGGGCACGGAGUAGACCAGGCGGAAGAACCCCGGGGGGGGCAACUUAAGACAUUCUGAUCUCUUGGUUUUUAUUACUGAGGAGGAGCAACGCUCUUUGGCGCUGAAGAAGGAGGUUGCCAUGGGCAACCACUAUAAAUAUAUGUAUUAGUGAAAUAUAUAUCACUGUAAUUGGUACAGACUUUAAGAUGAGUCCUGACUCCAAACCGAGCGUCUUCGAGGAGCCAACAGUCGCCCAGACAACCGAGAGACGUAAGCAAACUUCAUCCAGCGGGAAAAAGUUUCAGCUAAACAUGAAGUGGCUGAUUUGACAA